GCGCUCGGUGGCUGCAGUGCCGGGAGGAGGCUGCGGGCGCCGCUGUUGACCGAGGAGGAGCGAGAGGAAGGCCGGAGCGCUGCAGGCAGCCCCGCCCGCUGCGGCCCGGCUCGAUCGCUCGCCCGAUCGCUGGCUGGCUGGUUUGCUGGGCGGGCGAGCGUUCUGCGAUCGUCCCCGCGGUGCGGAGCCGUGGUGCAGCGAGGCGGAGGGUGCGGCGGCAGCGGCCGGGAGCGGCGAGACGGUGACGGAGCCGAAGCCGGAUCGGUAGCCGGAUCGGGAGGCGGAAGAGCGGUCGGCGGUGUUGCGGUGCCGGCGGUGGGGCGGCGGAGAUGUGGUCGGCGGGGAGGCGGUGGGUCCGGCGGGAGCGAGCCCUGCUGUGGUGCGUCCUGUUGGCGGCGUGGGAGGCGGCGUGGGGUCAGCUGCGCUACUCGGUUCCCGAGGAGAUGCCGAAGGGCUCGUUCGUGGGCGACGUGGCCAAGGACCUGGCAAUGGACCUCACGGCGCUUCGAGACCGCGGCGUCCGCCUCCUGGACAGAGGUAGGACGCAGUAUUUCUCGUUGCACGGGAAGACGGGACAUUUAGUGACGGCGGAGAGGAUAGACAGAGAGCAGCUGUGCCGGCUGGUGGAGAAAUGCGUGCUGCGCUGUGAGGUGAUCGUGGAGGGAGAAAUGAAGGUUUACGGAAUUGAAGUGGAAAUCACGGAUAUUAACGACAACGCCCCCAGUUUCCGAGAGGCGAAAACAGAGCUGAAACUUACCGAGACGACAGCCCCAGGGUGGCGUUUUCCUUUGGUCGAAGCUCAGGACCCGGACGUGGGUCGGAAUUCCCUGCAGAGCUACGAGCUGAGCGGCGACGAGCACUUCUCGCUGGCCGUGCAGGCGGGCCCCGGCGGGGAGCAGCGUCCCGAGCUGGUGCUGGCGAAGGCGCUGGACCGGGAGGAGGCGGCGUUUCACGAGCUGGUGCUGAGGGCGAGCGACGGCGGAGAGCCGCGGCGGACGGGCACGGCGCGCAUCCGCGUGUCGGUGCUGGACGCCAACGACAACGCGCCCGCCUUCAGCCAGGCGGAGUACACGGUGCGUGUGGCGGAGGACGUGCCCGUGGGCUCCGUCCUCGUCACCGUCACGGCCACCGAUGCCGACGAGGGGAUCAAUGGACAAGUAAAAUACAGUUUCCAUAAAAUUUCGGACCGAGCGUCGGAACUUUUUCACCUGGACGCUGUGACUGGAGAAAUAUCCCUUAAGAAUCAUAUGGACUUUGAGGAAAUGUCGUCCCAUGAACUGGAGGUGCAGGCACGGGACGGAGGAGAGCUUUUCGACAGGGUGAAAGUUACGAUCACAGUGAUUGACGUGAAUGACAACGCGCCCGAACUGAUAGUGUCGUCGGCGCUGAGCGAAAUCUCUGAGGACGCUUCGCCGGGGACGGUGGUGGCCCUGCUGCACGUCCAGGACCGGGACUCCGGACUCAACGGGCAGGUGCGGUGCAGCAUCGCCGAGAACCUCCCGUUCCGUCUGGAGAAGAGCUUUGAGGACUACUACCGCGUGGUGACGGCGCGGGAGCUGGACCGCGAGGAGGUGUCGGAGUACAACGUGACGGUGCGGGCGUCGGACGGCGGGUCGCCGCCGCUGCGGAGCAGCGCGGUGCUGGCGCUGCGGGUGCUGGACGUGAACGACAACGCGCCGGUGUUCGCGGAGGCGCGGUACAGCGCGCGGGUGCCCGAGAACAACGCGGCGGGCGCGCUGCUGCUGAGGGUGCGGGCGCGGGACGCGGACUGGGGCGCGAACGCGCGCGUGCGGUACCGGCUGUGGGAGGGGCGGGUGCGGGGCGCGCCGCUGUCGUCGUACGUGUCGGUGCAGGCGGAGACGGGCGCGCUGUACGCGCUGCGCUCCUUCGACUACGAGGAGGUGCGCGAGGUGGGGCUGUGGGUGGGGGCGGAGGACGGCGGCGCGCCGGCGCUGAGCAGCAACGUGUCGGUGCGGCUGGAGAUCGUGGACGAGAACGACAACGCGCCGCAGGUGCUGUACCCGCCGCCGGCGCCAGCGGGCUCGGGCUCGGGCUCGGGCUGGGGCUCGGUGUCGGGGUGGUGGUCGGGCGUGGAGCUGUGGCCGCGGUCGGCGGAGCCCGGGUCGCUGGUGGCCAAGGUGGUGGCGGUGGACGCGGACGCGGGUCAGAACGCGUGGCUGUCGUACGAGCUGGCCAAGGCGACGGAGCCGGGUCUGUUCCGCGUGGGGCUGCACAGCGGCGAGGUGCGGACGGCGCGGUUGCCGCUGGCCCGCGACGCGGCGCGGCAGAGCCUGGUGGUGGUGGUGAAGGACCACGGGCGGCCGGCGCUGUCGGCCACGGCCACGCUGAGGGUGGUGCUGGGCGAGAGCGUGGCCGAGCUGCUGUCGGAGCUGGGCAGCGCGGCGGCGGCGGCGCCGGGCGAGCCGGGCGGCAGCCUGACGCGCUGGCUGGUGCUGGGACCCCGCCGCUCCCCCGGUGAGUUCCUCCCACCCUCGGAAUUGCUCCGCCACGCUUCCCUCUCGCGAGUCUCUGCCCUUUCCCCUACCUGUGAUCUUUGA